ACCUACUGGGCCGGGCCUUGAUUUCCCCUCCUGGCUAUUUAAGCCAAAUGGAUCAGAAGCAUUCACACGCCCAAAAGCCCACCACCACCCAACCCGCCCAACGCCACGUCACCGUCUCCCUCCCAACUCCUCGGCCUCGUCGUCGUCGUCGUCGUCGCAGGACGCCGCGGCUCGCGCGCCGGCCGAUUCCGUGCCCCUCCUCGCAUCCUCCGGCGGGAUGGACGAGGAGAAGGCGAGCAAGGGGAGGCCGCUCAAUGCCCCCUGCCUGGAUUUGGACCUGAACCUGGAUCUGUUUGCUGCGGCCGUGCCCGAUCCCGGAUGCGGCGACACGGCUUCGCCGGAGGCGAGCAAGCCGGAAGAGAAGGCGAGCAAGGGGAGGCCGCUCAAAGCCCCCCGCCUGGACCUGGACCUGAACCUGCUUGCUCCGGCCGUACCCGAUCCCGGAUGCGGCGACCUGGCUUUGCCGGGGGCGAGCAAGCCGGGAGAGAAGGCGGCGGCGACGACCAGCAACACCGAUGAGGAGUUAUGUGCCCACUUCGUACGUUUUGAGGAAGACAUGGUACAGUUCAUAUCAAAGCUCAGGUCCUCCAAGUUCGCCGCGAGGUGUGAGCAUUACCUGUGUGAGAACAAGGUGGAAAAGAGCAGUAUCUUGGUGUGCAUCGAUUGCAGCUUGCCUUUCUGCAUUGGGGACGGGACCAUGGACAAGCCGCAGGGACACGCCCGGUGGCACGCCGAUCUGGAGCAGCAUUGUGUCGCUGCAUUGUUCAGUAAACCGGACACUCUGUACUGCUUCAUUUGUGAACGUUGUCUGAAUAUGGAGGUCGAUGACACGGAAUCAGAAAGCGACAGAACGGAAUGCAGACACUUAUUGGACGAGGAAGACGUUACUCUGAUUGUGUCAGAGGUCACCACCUCCAAGAACAUUCCGGCGUGCCAACAUCCCGGGUGUAAGAUCAAUGGGAGGACCCGUAUCAUGGUGUGCACGGGAUGCAACAAGCAUUUCUGCACUAGAGCUGAGGCCAAGAAAAAACCGCAUGGACAUGCCCGGCUGCAUGCGCGGAAGUUUGAACACCAUUGGGUUGGUUUGUGGUACAGUGAUCCAUAUAAGGGGUACUGCUUCAAAUGUGAAUUUGACUUGACCCUCAGUGCACCGACUGUUGAGCAGGGGAUGGUGUUUGGCAAGGAAUUAUUUGGUCAAGAAUCUGGAUUAGUGAAGGGGCAUGGCUGUGUUAUCAGAGGGAUGCCGAAUCUUGGAAACACUUGCUACAUCAAUGCGUUGUUGCAGUGCCUAUUUGUGCUUGGCAAGCUGCGGGCAAGGAUGUUAGCACCAGAUGCUCCUUCGUAUAUCCUUGGUUAUGAACUGAAAGAGCUCUUUCAGGAGGUAAACAACGUUGAUAACGCACAACUCCAACUGAACCCCACGAAGUUCUUUGCUUGUAUUCGUGUUUUGGAUGCACGGUUCAUAAGCAGUGAUAUGCAAGAUAGCCAUGAAUUGCUUUGCUUUUUACUCAAUGAAUUGGAUAAGGAGGAGAAGUCAAUGGUGCCUCCAGUAUCUCCUACAGUUGUUGAUUCCAUUUUUCGUGUUCAACUGUCUGCUACCAUUUCCUGCAGCCAUUGCUCAUAUAAUUCAGUUUCCCAUGAAGUAAUGUAUGAGCUCUCAGUUCCACUGCCAUCAGAGAGGCCUCCGCCAAAAAGUAUUGCAUCGCCACCAAGGGACAUAAGUUGCAUGUCUCGAGAGAAGACUGGUAUCAAACUAUUCCCAGAGGUUGACACGAGUAACACCGAAAUUGUCAAAGCAAUUGCUGAAGGCAGUGUUUCUCAUAUCGCUAGUUUAGAACUGGGAGAUGUGGACAAAGAGAAAACAUCUGAGCCUUUGGAUGGUGGUAAGUUUAUGCAUUGUGUUUCUAAAUAAAAGGAGAGAGAACAUUUUUGAACAGAUAUGCAGGUAUAGAGGGUUUCCCAGACCAUGUACAUCUUUUGAGGAAUAAAUGAAAGAAACAGAGGAGUAUUGUAGUCACACCACCAUUGUUUUUCUCAUCAUAACGAGAAAACGGGCACUUUUUUCGGAAUGGAGCUCCAAUUCUAGUCAAACAGAGAAAAAUUUGUAAGGACUUACUAACACAUGGACUGAAGAAAUAUCUAGUAAACCUUCAGGAUGGCUACAUAAAAGAAGUAUGAUAUUUGAGCACUGUUAGCAUGGCAGAGUUGUUUGUCGUAGUCUAGCAGUUAAGACCUUAGAGUGGAAGACUGUUUAUUUGUUAAGUCCUUGUCUUCAUACAUAAAAUUUUGCUCUAGAAGGUUGGUUUACUUAAUCAAGUAUGGUGAUUCUCGAAGAAAGGCAGCUUCAGAUCGUAGAGAAUGGAGGUUGAUGGUUGUGUGUUGUUGCUGAUGCAGAUAAAUUAUAGCCUUAUAUAUGCUUGAUUCUGCAGAUUCUGUUGAAGUGGAACAGCGCUCGCCAAGUAAGGCUGAUGAUUUAGGGCAAAAUGACAAUGCUGGUUUUGAGAAUACGUCCGGUGAGCCCCAAGUUAGUAUAGAAGCCAAGAAAAAUGCUUGCUCUGUAGAAGGUGCUUCAGAAGACAAGGGGAAAGCUCAGUUUAGCAAUAUGGCUUAUGGCAAGGCAAAGGAUAACGACUCUCUUGCAUCGAUUGAAGAGUGCCUAGCACUAUUUUUUAAAGAAGAGCUGCUGGAAUGGAGAUGUGAUAACUGUUCUGGAGUUUCUCACCAUCUGAGCACCACUGGUAGUAAAGAUGGUGAACAGAUAAUGGCAAGCACCAACGAAAACACAAUAAUUGACAGAGAUCAGACUGUGCAGUUGGACAAGGUAGCACGCCAGAGCGAGCAAUCUAAAAAUUUGGAAAGUUUGGCACUAGAAUGCACUUCAAGUAAGCAACCACAUGGUUCUGAUUCAGAACGUAAAGCUAUGCUCGCAAUGGACAGCAUUACUGAAGGAAUCAACACACUACCUCCUGUCAAGCACACAUACUCAUUGCGCAGCCGAGGUCGACCACCAAGCCAUAACAAAAUCACUUCUGGGAUGAUCCAUGGUGAACAAGACUUGGCCUCUGAUAACAUAGCCAACAAAAAAACUGAUUGCCAUGAACGUGUUCAAGAAGCUGUAUCUAGUUGCCUUCCAGCUGAGGAACCGGACGACCUGUUGAGUGGCCAGGAAAAUACCAGCAGUCUAGAUCAGGGUAAGUGGAAACAAGUAAAGGUGGAUCAUAGUGCAGACCAAGUGGAUGCAAAACAAAAAGAGCGGGAAAAUAGGAAUCAAGGUGGGAUUCAAACUCGUGUUAUUAACAAGCUGCCACCUGUAUUGGCCAUUCAUCUGAAGAGAUCCAAGGAGACUGGUAAAGUUAGAGGACACGUGAACUUUGAGGAGAUCCUUGAUGUAGGACAGUUCAUGGACCCCAGGUAUUGCAUAUUAGCAUUUCUGCAUGGCAAUAUCUAUAUAAGCAUGUGGCAGUUCCAAUAAAUUUAUGAUUCACAUUCUGAGGACAAAGACAAUUCCAGCUAUCACCUAGUCGGUGUCAUUGAACACAUUGGCCCCAGCACCAGUUCAGGGCACAUGGUUGCUUACGUGAGACCAAAUCAAGAGCAGCCUGACGGUGGCACUUCCCCUUGGUAUCGUGCAAGUGAUACCGACAUCAGACAAGUAUCUCUAGAAGAAGUUCUCAAGUGCGAGGCCUCUCUUUUCUUCUAUGAGAGAAUUGGAGGCUAACGUCGAAGGAAGUAAAUUUGUUAGAUUAGCAAGCAUUCUUUGGAUGGACAAGGAUCCAUUCAGUAGACGUCGUGAUCAAGUCCAAUUUUGUUUGCUUUGGCUGAGUCAUUGUAGGACCUGCAAAUUGACUGUAAUACGUUCCUGCCCAGCUGAAUAGAUGGUGGCCGGUGUUCUUAAUCAGCUAGUCUGAUCACAUUCGUAAUCUCCUUUUUUUUUCUCAUGAGGAACGUGUUCUUCUUCCCUGGAAAAGAAUGAAGAAGAACACAGGACUGUACUAAUGCUUGGUAAUGCUUUACACUAGGUAGAAAAUACAACGAUAUUACUACUUGAUAUGUCUUGAGCUUUGGUCCCCCAAGUAUUUUUGGAUGUGCAAGCUAAGCAACAUUGUUUCA